UUUUGGCCUUUACCAAUCACAACUGCAAGUCGAUUCUCAUGGAUCAGGUGCGGCAUGUAAUCUUGGUAUUGUCAGGAAAAGGAGGAGUUGGGAAAUCUUCCGUAACAACUCAGUUGGCUCUUUCCCUUCAUGCAUCUAAGCUCCAUUCGCGACCUCUAAAAAUUGGCAUUUUGGACAUUGAUCUUACCGGACCGUCAAUACCUAGAAUGUUUGGAAAAGAUGCAGAGGAAAGUCGCAUUCGUCAGUCUAGUGCUGGCUGGAUCCCUGUAUAUACAGAUGAAACGAAGGAAAUUGGGCUUAUGUCGCUUGGGUUCUUGCUUCCUUCAAAGAAAGACAGUGUCGUCUGGCGUGGUCCGAAAAAGGCUGCUAUGAUCCGCCAAUUUGUGAGUGAUGUACACUGGGGUGAGUUAGACUAUCUAAUUAUUGACACUCCUCCUGGAACCGGAGAUGAACACUUAACCAUUGUGGAAUCCUUGAUGACGGAGACGUCGGAUGUACGAAAAGCUCCCAUUGACGGCGCAGUUAUGGUCACUACACCUCAAGCUCUUGCUACGCUAGACGUCCAGAAAGAAAUCGAUUUUUGUAAAAAAGCGGAUCUCCGGAUUUUGGGGAUAGUGGAAAACAUGAGUGGCUUUAUAUGUCCUCACUGUGCUGACUGUACAAAUAUUUUUUCAAGCGGCGGUGGAAGCACACUUGCGGAAAAAUAUAAAGUACCUUUUCUUGGAUCAGUUCCGAUUGACCCAAAGUUUGGUGAGAUGAUCGAAAACCAAAACGCCUCUACGAAUCUUUCCGUGCUAUAUCCUGAAACAGAGAUGUCGAAGGCCUUCUUCCCUAUCGUGCAAAAUUUCUUUCACCAGAUGUAUGACAAGCGCUCUUUUAAACUCGUUACCAGUCUUGGUGGUCAUGAUGGAAGGAUAUGGAGUGUAGACUCUCAUCCGGUUUUACCUCUUUUUGCUAGCGGUUCGCAAGACAAGACUGUCCGUAUUUAUAACAGUGAUACUCUUCAACUUGUGCAUGUAAUAGAUGGAUUUCAUUCCCGUAGUGUACGUAGGGUUGCCUGGCGUCCUGUUGAUCGUCCUAUACUAGCAGCGGCUUCUUUCGAUGCUACGAUAAGUAUUAACGAAAAAAUUGACGACGAUUGGGAAUGUACAGCAGCUCUUGAAGGACAUGAGAAUGAGGUUAAAUGUAUUGCUUGGUCUCCCGGUGGUAACUUUCUUGCUACUUGCUCUCGUGAUAAGUCAGUUUGGAUUUGGGAAACUACAGAAGACGACGAAUUCGAUUGUAUGGCAGUUCUUCAAGAACACACACAAGAUGUCAAGGUCGUAGCUUGGCACCCCACUGAGGAUCUUCUUGUUAGUGGAAGUUAUGAUGACACAAUCUGCUUUUGGAGAGAUGAUGGUGAUGAUUGGGCUUUAACAUGUCAAUUGCAAGGCCAUGAGAGUACCGUUUGGGCUCUUGCCUUCUCCCCUAGUGGAUCUAUCCUGGCCUCUGCCGACAAUGAGGGCAACAUAAUUUUAUGGACAAAGACUUUUAGUAAUGAAUCUGAGGCUAUUAGUAAUUCUACAAAUAUUCUACGGCCAUCUUUACAAGAAGAAUGGAUCAGAAAGGCAACUUUGCCUCAUCUGCAUCAAGGUGCUGUGUACUCGAUUGCCUGGAUAAAUGAUCAAGUAUUAGCAUCUGGUGGAAGCGAUGGAAAAAUUAUUGUUUAUGAAAGUGAAAAACAUGAUGAUAACAUUUGGAGAGUUUCCAUUGAAAAAGAGCGCGCACAUGAUGUUUAUGAAAUCAAUUCUAUAGCCUGGUUAGGAAACGAUAAGCUUGUUUCGGGUGGUGAUGAUGGCGAGUGUCGCGUAUGGCAUAUAAAAUGAAGCAAAAAAUGUUUAAAAGUCUUUUUUUUUGGUUAAUGAAUGAUGAAGAUGAACAGAAAGCAUUUAAUUCUCAAUUCAUUAGGGUAAAUAGAAUUAUUAAAGGAUGAUGUUCAUGGUGAUUCCAAAGAUGAAGUGUAGAAUAGCCAAGGAACCAAAAAAAUAGAAAAAAAGAAGGUAAAAGAGAGAGAAAACAAUAAGGUUGACGUUAAAUGUAAAAAUCAGAUGCUCAUCAAAGACUUAUAUUAAGGUUGUAAAUUAAGUAAAUAUUAAUAAAAACCGAUUUCUUUUAAUAGGAAAAAACGAAAC